CGGGCCUGGAGGCGUCAGAGGCGGUAUCAGGGGAGGCGGUGGCUCCAGAGAUGGCAGUGAGCGAGAGGAGGGGGCUCGCCCGCGGGAGACCCGCGGAGUGGGGCCAGCGGCUCUUUCUGCUGCUGCUGUUAGGAGGCUGCUCUGGGCGCAUCCACCGGCUGACGCUGACGGGGGAGAAGCGAGCCGACAUCCAGCUGAACAGCUUUGGCUUCUACACCAACGGCUCUCUGGAGGUAGACCUGAGCCUCCUGCGGCUGGGCCUCCAGGAGACAGAAGAGAAAGCUCCGCUGGUGGGGUUCAGUCUGACCCGAGUUCGAUCUGGCAGUGUUCGCUCCUACUCAAGCCAGCACUCCCACGACUGCCCUCUCCAUAGAAACAGCAGCAACCUCCUGGUUCUCUUCCUCAUCAACACCAAGGAUCUGCAGGUCCAGGUGCGGAAGUAUGGAGAGCAGAAGAAGCUGUUCAUCUCUCCUGGGCUCCUUCCAGAAGUGCCCUCCAAACCAGGGCUCCCAAAAUCAGAGCACCCGGAUACCCCUAAGGUGGACGGUGGGACCACCACUGCGCCCGACAAGGCCAAGGCGACACCCACAGUGUCCCAAGGAGACCAGCAGGGCAUCAGUGGGAAGGACCAGGAACUGGUGUUGGGCCUGGGCCAUCUAAACAACUCCUACAAUUUCAGUUUCCAUGUGGUGAUCGGCUCUAGGGCCGAGGAAGGCCAGUACAACCUCAACUUCCACAACUGCCACAACUCCGUGCCAGGCCGGGAGCAACCAUUCGACAUCACGGUCAUGAUCCGGGAGAAGAACCCGGAGGGUUUCCUGUCGGCAGCGGAAAUCCCCCUCUUCAAGCUGUACAUGGUCAUGUCCGCCUGCUUCCUGGCCGCCGGUGUCUUCUGGGUGUCUGUCCUCUGCAAGAACACGUACAACGUCUUCAAGAUCCACUGGCUCAUGGCUGCCCUGGCUUUCACCAAGAGCAUCUCUCUCCUCUUCCACAGUAUCAACUACUACUUCAUCAACAGCCAGGGCCACCCCAUCGAAGGCCUCGCUGUCAUGCACUACAUCACGCAUCUGCUGAAGGGCGCCCUCCUCUUCAUCACCAUUGCCCUAAUCGGCUCGGGUUGGGCCUUCGUCAAGUACGUCCUGUCCGACAAGGAGAAGAAGAUCUUCGGGAUCGUGAUCCCACUGCAGGUCCUGGCCAACGUGGCCUACAUCGUCAUCGAGUCACGCGAGGAGGGCGCCAGUGACUAUGGGAUCUGGAAGGAGAUCCUCUUCCUGGUGGAUCUCAUCUGCUGUGGCGCCAUCCUCUUCCCCGUGGUCUGGUCCAUCCGGCAUCUCCAGGAUGCUUCUGGCACUGAUGGGAAAGUGGCAGUGAACCUGGCCAAGCUGAAGCUGUUCCGGCAUUACUAUGUUAUGGUCAUCUGUUACAUCUACUUCACGCGGAUCAUCGCCAUCCUGCUGCAGGUAGCCGUGCCCUUCCAGUGGCAGUGGCUGUACCAACUCUUGGUGGAGGGCUCCACCCUCGCUUUCUUCGUGCUCACGGGCUACAAGUUCCAGCCGGCAAGGGAUAACCCAUACCUACAGCUGCCCCAAGAGGACGAGGAGGACGUGCAGAUGGAGCAAGUAAUGACCGAUUCUGGGUUCCGGGAAGGCCUGUCCAAAGUCAACAAAACGGCCAGCGGGCGAGAGCUGUUGUGAUCAGGUCCCCUCUUCGGACGGUUCUUCACACUCCACCGUCCUCUUCUCACACAUUCCUCACUCCGGCUUCUCCCAAAGCUAGUGCGGAGAGGAGGAGGGGGCGGGUGCUCACACGGCGCCCCGCUGCCGGGGACCCGAGUUCCUGGAGCCCGUUCGGAAGAAGACAGACAGCCCCCUUUCCCCCAAGUAUUGAGCAUCCUGUCCCCACCUGGGGACCACCCUCCACUUGCUGCUGUACAAUAAUGACCAAUCUGUUUUGCUA